AUGGCCCAGCCCUACCCCCCGGCCCAGUACCCCCCUCCGCCCCAGAACGGCAUCCCCACCGAGUACGCCCCGCCCCCGCCGCACCCCACGCCGGACUACUCAGGCCAGACCCCGGCCCCCCCCGAGCACGGCAUGACCCUGUACACACCAGCACAGACGCACCCCGAGCAGCCGGGCGCCGAGGCCAACACACAGCCCAUCGCCGGGACCCAGACAGUGCCGCAGACAGACGAGGCGGCACAGACCGACAGCCAGCCACCGCGCCCCUCCGACCCCACAGAGAAGCAGCAGCCCAAGCGGCUGCACGUCUCCAACAUCCCCUUCCGCUUCAGGGACCCUGACCUGCGGCAGAUGUUCGGGCAAUUCGGAAAGAUAUUAGACGUGGAGAUCAUUUUUAACGAGCGGGGCUCCAAGGGCUUUGGGUUUGUAACUUUUGAAACUAGCUCAGAUGCUGACCGAGCCCGGGAGAAGCUGCACGGGACAAUCGUAGAGGGACGGAAAAUUGAGGUCAACAACGCCACGGCCCGAGUUAUGACCAACAAGAAGACCGGAAACCCCUACACCAACGGCUGGAAGCUAAACCCUGUGGUAGGCGCGGUCUACGGGCCCGAGUUCUACGCAGUGACGGGGUUCCCCUACCCCACCACGGGCACGGCUGUUGCCUACAGGGGCGCACACCUGCGGGGCCGGGGCCGGGCCGUGUAUAAUGCGUUUAGGGCCGCGCCGCCUCCACCCCCCAUCCCGACUUACGGAGCGGCCCUGGAGCAAACACUUGUUAAAAUGCCGGUCCCGUGGGCGGGGCUGGCGCCGUGCCCCCUCCCUCCUCAGCAGACGCCGGAGCCGGCCUACCCCACCUCCGCAGCGUUCCCACCACUCUCUUGUCCGUUUGCUUCCAGGGUCGUGUAUCAGGACGGAUUCUAUGGUGCUGAGAUCUAUGGAGGCUAUGCAGCCUACAGAUACGCUCAGCCCGCAGCCGCCGCAGCCUACAGCGACAGUUACGGCAGAGUGUAUGCAGCCGCUGACCCCUACCACCACACCCUGGGCCCCGCCACCACCUACAGCAUCGGCACCAUGGCCAGCCUCUGCAGAGGGCACAGCCGCUUCACCCCCUACUAG